CCAGAGAGGACUGUGCUCUUUGCAGAGCGAAUAAAGCACACACACACACACUGAGACGGAUCUGCAGUCAUGCCUCCCCAAAAGUUGUCACUACUGGACGUCUGGAGAAGGAACCGUACUACGCGGCUGAAGAAACCCAAAGAGCUUAAAAUAUGUCCACGCCAGCUCCCGUUGCUGAGGGACCCGGAGGUGGCCGCCUCUCUCGCUCGGCAGAACGUGAAGCUGGUCGGCCUGCUGCCUCCCUCGGGCACCGACGUCUUCCGCCGCCUCACCCCGGAGUCCCUGGCAGAAAUCCAGAGGCGUGCGGCCGAGGGGAAGAGGGAGCAGAAGGAGAGGGAGCGCAAGAAGGAGGAAGAGGAGAAGGAGGAGGAGAGGCCCAAGCCCAGCCGCCACCUGGAGGCCGGCAAAGUCCUGCCCUUCGUCUAUGAGGACCCACCGCCAGAGAUGCUCAACGUUCCCCUGGAGGACCUGGAUCCCUUCUACAAAACACAGAAAACCUUCAAUGUCAUCACCCAAGGGAACGCAAUCUUCAGGUUUAAUGCAGAACCUGCCUGCUACAUUCUCAGUCCCUUCAGUAUUGUUAGGAGAGGAGCCAUCAAACUUCUCCUACAUUCAUUUUUUCGCAAGUUCGUCAUGAUCACCAUUCUACUGAACUGUGUGUUUAUGACAUUCUCAGAUCGGUGGUUGUUUCAUCAGGCAGAAUAUGCGUUCAUUGCUAUCUAUGCCUUUGAGGCGUUGGUCAAAGUGCUGUCCAGGGGCUUCUGCAUUGGCCCUUUUACUUUCCUUCGAGACCCAUGGAACUGGCUGGACGUCCUGGUGCUCGUCUUCGCGGUCCUCAAUGAGCUUAUUGUACUUGACGGGCUUCUCUGUAUGUUCCAAGCACUUAAAAUAAUCCCUCUGAUUCCUGGUCUGAGGGCCACGGCGGGGGCGCUGAUCCAGUCGGUGAGGAAGCUGGCGUCCGCGGUGAUCCUCGCCGUGCUCGGCCUCUGCUUCCUCGCCAUCAUCGGCAUCGACUUCUUCAUGGGCACACUCCGCCAGCGAUGUGUCCACCUGCCAGCUUCCUCCAUUGUGCUUGACUUCAAUGACACUGCGGCCUUUGACUACCCUGGCAACAGCUCUUUCAGCUUCUCUGAAUACAUUAACCGUUUAGAAAACCAUUACUAUUUGCCUGGGCAACUAGAUUCACUUCUUUGUGGAAACAUCUCUGAUGCUGGACGUUGCCCAGAGGAAUAUACAUGUUUGGAGACACUGUUCAACCCGAAUUACGGCUACACAAGCUACGACACCUUUGGCUGGGCCUUCCUGUCCGUCUUCCGCCUCAUGACAUGGGACUUCUGGGAGAACCUGUUCCAGCUGACAGUACGCUCCUCAGGGGUGUCCUCUGUGAUCUUCUACGCGGUCGCUCUCUUCCUGGGCUCCCUCUGCCUCGUCGGCCUCAUCCUGGCUGCGGUGGUCGCUGCCUAUGCAGAGCAGAACGAAGCCGCCGUAGCGGAGGCCAAGCAGAAGGAGAGGGAGCACCGGAAGAUUCUACAGGAGCUGAAGAAACGGGAGGCAAAGUGUGUAGAGAGGCAGAAGAAAAAGGAGGAGGAGUCCAAUGGAUCAGGGCCCAGCGCACUUGACCAGGACAAACCAGAGCACGUCCCAAGGCCAUGUUUGCAAGGGUGGAACAAGUUUGCCAGUGUUUUCCUGAAAUGGAACUGUUGUCCGCAGUGGGUCACCUUUAAAAAGUGGGUGCACUUUGUGGUGAUGGAUCCGUUUGUGGACCUGGGCAUCACCAUCGUCAUCAUCGUGAACACCAUAUUCAUGGCUAUGGAGCACUAUCCAAUGACAGCGGAGUUUGAGCAAAUGCUGUCCAUUGGAAACCUGGUUUUCAUUGGGAUCUUGACUGCUGAGAUGGUCUUCAAAAUCAUUGCCAUGGACCCGUACUACUACUUCCAGGUUGGCUGGAACAUUUUUGACAGCAUCGUGGUCAUGCUGGGCCUGUUAGAGCUGAUGCUGGCAGAUAUUGAGGGCCUGUCUGUGCUCAGGUCAUUUCGCUUGCUGCGUAUCUUCAUGCUGGCCAGGUUCUGGCCCCUCUUCAACAUGCUGCUCAAGAUCAUCCGCAACGCGGUGGUCGCCGUGCGCCACCUGACUCUGCUCCUGGUCCUCGUCGUCUUUGUGUCCUCCGUGGUGGUCAUGCAGCUGUUCAGCGGGAGUUACAGGGACUGCGUCUGCCGCAUCGCUCAGGACUGCGAGCUGCCACGCUGGCACGCGGCCGACUUCUUCCACUCCUUCAUGCUGGUCUUCCGCAUCCUGUGCGGGGAGUGGAUCGAGACCCUGUGGGACUGCAUGGAGGUGGCCGGGCAGCCCCUGUGCAUCACCGUCUUCAUCACCAUUUUGUUCAUCGGCAACCUGCUGCUUCUGAAUCUCUUUGUCGCCUUGCUGCUGACAUCGUUUAGUGGAGACAACAUGGCUGCCAUUGACAAGGGUGGAGAGAUGAACAACCUGCAGAUCGCCAUUGGCAGGAUCACCAGGAGCAGCAACAAGCAGGGUGUGGUGACUGACUCUUCACACCGCAGCAUGGCGGAGGCAGCAUGCAAACCCGGGGCGGAGGAGCGGGUUGGGAUAGAGGAAGAACCAAAGCAGCGGGACCCUCCAGACUGCUUCAGUGAAGCCUGCUCAAAGCGCUGCCCGUGCCUGAGGGUGGACAUCACUCAGGGCAGUGGGAAGAUGUGGUGGAAGACCAGGAGGUCCUGCUACGCCAUUGUGGAGCACUCAAGCUUUGAAGCCAUCAUCAUUGUAGUGAUCGUGCUCAGCAGCAUAGCUCUGGCCUUUGAGGACAUAAACCUUGAGCAUCGCAGGGUCUUGAAAAUCCUCCUGGAAUAUGCAGAUCAAGUCUUUGCUUAUGUGUUUAUUGUUGAGAUGCUCCUGAAAUGGAUGGGAUAUGGUUUGAAGACCUACUUCACUAACCCUUCGUGCUGGCUGGAAUUCCUCAUUGUGACUGGUUCUGUACCCAGCAUUACUGUUUACAUGUUGGGCCGCACUGGGCUGGGGGCACUGAGGGCGCUGAGACCUCUGAGGCUUCUGUCCAAAUUUGACGGGACGAGGGUGGUGCUGACCACGCUGUGGCGGGCUACCCCACCCAUCUUCAGCGUGCUACUGGUGCUACUCACUUUCUGGCUUGUCUUUGCCAUCUGCGGCAUAAAUCUGUUUGCUGGGAAGUACUACUACUGCUUCAACACCACUGAUGAGGAGCGUUUCCACAUUGAUGAGGUCAACAACAAAUCAGACUGCAUGGAGUUAAUAAUGAUGAACUACACUGAGGUGCGCUGGGUCAACGUAAAGGUCAACUUUGACAGCGUGGCUAAUGGCUACCUCGCCCUACUGCAAGUGGCAACGUUUAAAGGCUGGAUGGAUGUCAUGUACGCAGCUGUGGAUACUCGAAUGGUGGAGGACCAGCCUUUAUAUGAGGAUAAUGUGUACAUGUACCUGUACUUCGUCACCUUCAUCAUCUUCGGGUCCUUCUUCUCCUUCAGUCUCUUCAUUGGUGUCCUUAUCGACAACUACAGUCAGCAAAAGGCAAAGUUUGGGAACAUCUUCAUGACAGAGGGACAGCAGAAACAGAGACCUAAGAAGCAGAAGCCCAUUCCCAGACCUUCGAACCGACUCCAGGGCCGUGCAUUCGACUUGGUCACGAAGCCCGCCUUCGACAUCUUCGUCAUGUUGAUGAUCUGCCUUUACGCGCUGUCCUUGAUGUUGAAGAGGGCUGACCACAGCGCUGAGGUGGAUACCAUCCUGCAGUUUGUCCACCUGGGCUUUGUUUUCUUCUUCAUCGUCGAGUGUCUCCUGAAGAUUUUUGGACUCAGACAGCAUUACUUCACCGUGGGAUGGAAUGUUUUUGAAUUUAUAGUGGUAUUAUUCUUCAUAGUGGAUAUCAUUUUGACAGAAUUCGGACUGCCGCACGUUUCGCUGCCUUUCAUUUUGCGUGCCCUGUCUCUCAUCCGCUACGCGAGAGGAGGCGUCCGAAAUCUGCUGUCUUCUCUGAGGAUGUCACUUCCUGCCCUCUUCAACCUCGGCCUGCUCCUCUUCAUCAUCAUGUUUGUUUACUCCGUCUUCGGCAUGUGGAACUUUGCGUAUGUCGGAAGAAUGGCCGGCAUUGAUGACAUGUUUAACUUUGAGACGUUCGGCAGCAGCAUGCUCUGCAUGUUUCAGAUCACCACUUUGGCUGGCUGGGAUGGGAUUCUCUUCCCUCUCCUGAAUACCCCCCCGGACUGUGACCCAGAUGCAUUCAAUCCUGGCAGUGAUGUCAUGGGGAACUGCGCCAACCCUCCUCUAGGCAUCACAUUCAUGUGCAGCUACAUCAUUAUUUCCAUGCUUAUUGUGGUCAACAUGUUCAUUGCCAUCAUCUUGGAGAGCUUCAGUGUGGCCGCCACAGUGGGCACGGACCACCUGUGUGAGGAGGACAUGGAGAUGUUCUAUGAGACCUGGGAGAGGUUUGACCCUGAAGCCUCCCAGUAUGUAGACUACAGCCAACUCUCAGACCUCUGCGAUAGUCUGCAAGCUCCUCUGAGGAUUCCCAAACCUAACACAGCCAAAUUGAUUGCCAUGGACCUUCCAAUUGCUCCUGGGGACAAGGUCCACUGCCUGGACAUCCUGGUUGCCCUGGCCUCAGAGGUCUUUGGUGACUCAGGGGAGAUGGAUGCCUUGAAGGAGAGCAUGGAGGAGAGCUUCAGGGUGAAAUAUCCAUCCAAGGUCUCGCAGGAGCCCGUCACCACCACACUAAAGCGCAAGCAGGAGGAAGUGGCAGCCGGGGUCAUCCAGAAUGCCUACCGCAAGCACCUGCUGAAGCAGUCUGGCAAACAAGACAAGAGAGAGGGGCCACCUGAGAAAGGCGGCCAGGCUGCUGAGGAAUACCCAGCCAAUAACGGGGUCCAACCUUUAGGAGUGUCCAUGGCUGACCAGCCUCCAGAUGCUAUGGAAAUGCAACCCCUGAUGUCACCUGUAGAGGAUGAACUCCAUGCUGCCCAGGUAUAAGUGGUCUUGCAUUCUGCCCCCUCCUGUGACUCACACUCCUCUGUACCUGGAGGUGAUGCAACAUAGUCUGUUACCUUGGUCGUCCAGUUGGAAGAUUUUUAAUUUUCUUCUCUGAGUUUGCCAUUGUCACCUGAGGUUGGAUUUUAGUGUUUUGACUCCUGCAGUUAAAGGAGAAAGGAGGGGCAGGUCUCCACAGACUCACUCUUUUUGGCACACCCACUAAUUUGUGGUGUAUUUCCACAGGUGAUAUGAUAUAGACAGAUUCAGUUUUCUGAUUCAGUCAAGGGUGCCGAAUCACUCUUAAAUAACAUCUGGGUUGCAUGUUCAAACAUCCUGCACUUUCAUUAAGUCAUUCAAGCAACCGUUCGAGGAAAAUGACAAUUUUCAGCCCAAAUGUGAAUAUACAAUGUAAAUAAAACAAGUCAAACAACUCCACUACACCUUGGUUGAAUUGUUGAACUGAAGUACUGAAUCCAUUUUAUUCUUUUGCGUUAUGUGGCUGAGAAGCUAACUGACAUUGUAAUUGCCUCUUGCAAUGUUUUUUUUCCCCCAAACACAUGCUCCUGUAACUUUUCCAUCAUUCUGAUGAUCUAAUGGAUAUGAUCAUGAUCAUUUUUAAUUAUGGACUAAAAAUGUAUCAUUUGCUUAAAUCUGUCAUUCAGAGUGAAGGCUACGCUGAACUGUCUUUACUUAAUAUAUAAGCCUUUGACUUAAUUUGUAAAGGUUAACACUUUAAAGAUAGAAGACUGUAUUUCACAUUCAAAUACUUAUGGCAAUGCAUGCUGCAUUAAACAUGAUAGCUGACAACUGAAGUAUAUAUGAGACACUUCUUAAAACUUUGUAUUUCUUCUACCAAAUAUACUGCAAACAAAAUUAUUAAAGGACAAGGGUGAUUUUGUUAGAAAGGGAACUACUAAUAAUUUUGUGGUACACAUACACUCAAACUGGCAAAGUAUUUUGCUUCUUGUGUAUUGUACUCCAUACUAUCAUAAAAAAAUUUAAACUAUAAUGUCAUACCUCAUACAGGAUAUUUUGAGCCCUUUUAAUGAACAAAUUGUAUAAAGACUGUUCAUAUUUUGGUACACUGUAAUUUACUCUGAACCUCUCAUAUGAACCUCGGUUAGUGUAUUGCUAGCUGGUCUAACAUGGCUUACCAGUGCUACACUCAGCACAUACUCUGUCAAACAAGAGUUACUAAAGUACUGGUGAGGGAGGGCCCGGUUCAAGAAAAAUGACAAUUUUCUGCCCAAAUGUGAAUAUACAGUGUAAAUAAAACAAGUCAAACAUCUCCACUCCACCUUGAGGUCCUGGUUUCAGAAGUUUCUUCCCUGAACUGCCUACAGCUUUCUGACAGCAUAUUAUGAAUUACUGUUGGAAGCCCAGACUCUAGCAGCUUUGCAGUACAGUUUUAUGAUCAGCACUUGGUAAUGCUAUGCCAGUGCUGACAAUAAUCCAGUUCAGGUAAUGGCGUCUUGAUUCAUUUGUUGAUAUGAAUCAGUGCAAACCUGCUCUUCAGGCUGUAUGCUGUUGGUCAACGGUGAGUGUGGUCAUGUGGGCUACAGAUGGCCUCAUCAAGGUCACUCAUGAAAUGAUUUCAUUUUAAAAGUCUGCUAAACAGCCAGCGUGAACUGUGAUUUAACUUUGCCAUUUUGCAUGGAUUAUGGAAAAUAAUAUUACUGCAUUCAGAUAUCCAUCGUUAUUCAUUAGAGUGAAGCUGAUUUUUUUUUUCUUUGCUCAUGCCGGAAAUGUCUUUGAAGUGGGUGGGCAGCUGGAAUAAUUGUAACACAUGUAACAUCUUUUUCAUGUCUUUGGGUGAAACCAUUGCUGGAGAGGAACAUAUUUUAAAUGACCACGUAGUGAUUUAGUACAUUGAUUUCAUGCAUUGCAUAAACUACAAUAAGAAAACGCAUUCAUUCACAGAUUCAUAUAUUAUCGAUUCAGCUGGGUAGUGUUCCUGUGGCAUGUAAAUG